GUUAGCGCCGGCUGUAGCGCACAUGGUCCUGCGAGUAAAGCCUCUGGAUUACGAUCAUUAAAAUUAGCGGGACGCAUUAAUCCACCCUAAAGACGACUUUUCGAUGAGAGGUACGGAGGACAUGGAGGCUGAAGUGGAGUUUGAUGACGGCGAGGAGCCCUCAUUCAGCGAUCCCGAGGAUUUCGUGGAUGACAUCAGUGAUCAGGAGCUACUGGAAGAUAUUCUCAGGGAGAAACCUCAAGAAGCUGAUGGCAUUGACUCCGUCAUUGUCAUUGACAAUGUUCCUCAAGUUGGACCGGAUCGUCUAGAGAAACUCAAGAAUGUCAUUCACAAGAUCUUCUCCAAGUUUGGCAAAAUCACCAAUGAAUAUUACCCAGAAGCAGAUGGCAAGACUAAAGGGUACAUCUUUCUGGAGUACUCUGUUCCAAGUCAUGCACACGAAGCUGUGAAGAACGCUGAUGGCUACAAGUUGGACAAACAGCAUACAUUUCGAGUCAACUUAUUUACCGAUUUUGACAAGUACAUGACGAUCAGUGAUGAAUGGGAACCUCCUGAGAAGCAGCCCUUCAAAGACUUUGGAAAUUUGCGUCACUGGAUGGAGGAUUCCGACUGUCGUGAUCAGUACAGUGUGAUCUAUGAUUCUGGUGAGAAGACUGGCAUUUUCUCCAACGAUGUCAAGGAACCUAUUGAAGUGGAGGAGAGAGCUCGGUGGACGGAAACAUAUGUGCGCUGGUCUCCUAAAGGCACUUACCUUGCCACGUUUCAUCAGAGAGGUAUUGCCUUGUGGGGUGGUGAGAAGUUCAAACAGAUUCAGAGGUUCAGCCACCAGGGAGUCCAGCUAAUAGACUUUUCCCCUUGUGAGAGGUAUGUGGUUACAUUCAGUCCCCUUAUGGACACGAAAGAUGACCCACAAGCCAUCAUCAUCUGGGAUGUUCUGACCGGCCAGAAAAAGAGAGGUUUCCAUUGUGAGAGCUCUGCUCAUUGGCCAAUCUUCAAGUGGAGUCCAGAUGGCAAGUUCUUUGCAAGAAUGACUCAGGAUACUCUAAGCAUUUAUGAAACACCUUCAAUGGGACUGCUGGAUAAGAAGAGUCUGAAGAUAAAUGGGAUAAAAGAUUUCUCCUGGUCCCCUGGUGACAACAUUAUUGCGUUCUGGGUUCCCGAGGACAAAGAUAUCCCAGCGAGGGUGACCCUCAUGCAGCUUCCAUCCAGGAAUGAGAUCCGAGUACGAAACCUGUUUAACGUGGUGGACUGCAAGCUUCACUGGCAGAAAAAUGGGGACUAUCUGUGUGUAAAGGUGGACAGAACUCCUAAAGGAACACAGGGAAUUGUCACAAACUUUGAGAUCUUCAGGAUGCGUGAGAAGCAGGUUCCUGUAGAUGUGGUGGAGAUGAAGGAGGGCAUCAUUGCCUUUGCCUGGGAACCUAAUGGCAGCAGGUUUGCAGUGCUACAUGGUGAAUCCCCCAGGAUCAACGCAUCGUUUUACCACGUCAAGAGCAAUGGCAAAAUCGACUUGAUUAAAAUGUUUGACAAGCAGCAGGCCAACAGCAUUUUCUGGAGCCCCCAGGGUCAGUUCUUGGUCUUGGCUGGAUUGAGGAGCAUGAAUGGCGCCCUGGCAUUCGUAGACACAUCAGACUGCACCUUGAUGAACAUUGCUGAGCAUUACAUGGCCUCUGAUGUAGAAUGGGACCCAACUGGCAGAUUUGUGGUGACCUCUGUAUCCUGGUGGAGUCACAAGGUAGAUAAUGCCUACUGGCUAUGGACAUUUCAAGGACGCUUGCUACAGAAGAACAACAAAGACCGUUUCUGCCAGCUGCUCUGGAGGCCUCGUCCACACUCUCUGCUCUCACAGGAGCAGAUCAAGGUCAUUAAGAAGGAUCUGAAGAAAUACUCCAAGAUCUUUGAGCAGAAAGAUCGUCUCAGCCAGUCCAAGGCAUCAAAGGAACUGGUCGACAAGAGGCGUUCAAUGAUGGAGGAGUAUCGUAAGUUCCGUGAAGCUGCAACGAAGAUGUAUCAGGAGCAGAAACCUCUCCGCCUUGAGCUCAGAGGAGGCGUAGACACUGAUGAACUGGACAGCAAUGUUGAUGACUGGGAAGAGGAGACCAUUGAGUUUUUCAUCAAUGAAGAAAUCAUUCCAAUCGGAGAUCUGUAGUCCCGAAAGCAGAACCGUUUUAUUCUUGAGGAACGUGGUUGCAUUGGGGGGAAAAUCGGCAUCUCUCUCCAACAUAUUCCUUGUUAACAUCCAGCCAAGUGCCUUUUAAUAUUGGUUACUGUGGAAGGAGAAUUUUGUGCCACUGUUGCAUUUUGCCAUCGUAUCCAGCUCUGGAAGACUCUACCUUUGCCGCCAUCAUCCUGAGCAGCACUUGGCGGGUUUACCCUCUGGUUCCCGCCUUCUUAGUUGAACGUUUACUUCAAGUUUCUUACCAUGACAGAACAUGCAAUGAAAAGUUUUUACACCUCAGCGUGGAGCAAAGACAUUUUGUUUCCAGACAUAUUCUGUAGGGUUAACAUGUACUUUACUGUGCACUACAGUGGGCUGUUUCCUCCUCCAUUCAGAUUACCUGAUAUUAAAUGCACAACAAGGUAAUAAAGUAUAAUCAAAUUUCA